GCUCAAGGCAUUACAGAGCAUAUGAUUUUUUUCCAACUUACUGGUAUUAUGAGGUCGUUGGUUUUGUACUGCUACUUCUGGAAGGUAGCUAAUGACUCGACCACUAAGACUAACACCCUCCAAGGCUUAGUCACUGAUCUGGAAGCCGAAAAUGCUAGGCUAAAGGAGGUAGUGGCUAAGCAAGACGAGGAGCUGCUGCUCUUGGGCCAACAGCAGUCAAUAAUGCAGGCCGAAACUUCCGAGAUGGCUACGGCUCGGACAAGGGCUGAGUCUAAGGCCACGGAGUUGGCGGCCGAGAUUGAGGGUCUCCGAGCUGAAAUAAACCGACUCUAGGAGGACAAUUCCAUUAUAAGAGAAUAUCUGAACCAGUUGGGAGAAACGCA